UUAACGAUAUAAAACCCUCACACCAUCUCCGCCUCCGAUCCAUUUUGUUCUGCAACAUACGAAAAAAAGAAAAAGUUUGAAACCCGGAAAUGUCGGACGAGGAACACCAUUUUGAAUCCAAGGCCGACGCCGGUGCCUCCAAAACCUACCCACAACAGGCCGGAACCAUUCGUAAGAAUGGUUACAUCGUCAUAAAAAACCGUCCCUGCAAGGUUGUUGAAGUUUCGACCUCCAAGACUGGGAAGCAUGGUCAUGCUAAGUGUCACUUUGUUGGAAUUGACAUCUUCACCGCCAAGAAGCUGGAAGAUAUUGUUCCCUCUUCCCACAACUGUGAUGUUCCACAUGUUAAUCGUACUGACUACCAGUUGAUCGACAUUUCUGAGGAUGGAUUUGUGAGUUUGCUGACCGAAAGUGGAGACACUAAGGAUGAUCUGAGGCUCCCAACUGAUGAGAACCUGUUGAAACAGAUCAAGGAUGGUUUUGCUGAGGGGAAAGACCUGGUUGUGUCUGUUAUGUCUGCAAUGGGGGAAGAGCAGAUCUGUGCUCUCAAGGACAUUGGUCCCAAGUAGUUUCAAAUCCAUUUAUUGCAAAUCUUAGAUGGAACCAUAAAAGACUUUGGUAGUACUAAAUGCGGUUUUGAUGUUUUGUUUUGGGUUUGGAUAGAAAAAAGAGAAUAACAAUAUAACUAGUUUCUUCUUGUGCUAUGAAUUACUGUUUUGCUUUUCCUUUUCAAUAA